UCCGCCCGGUGCGGGGAGGAGCGCGAGCAGCGGCCGGGCCGUGCCGCGCCUGCGCCGCCGGGCCGGGCCCGUGACCCCGCGCCGUGUGCGCAGCUGCCGCCGCUGCGUGGGGCCGCAGAUGGAGCCUCCCCCCGGCGCCGCAGAAAAUUCUAAGCUGAGACAUGUAGAAAAAGACGUUUUGAUUCCACAAAUAAUGAGGGAUCGAGCCAAGGAGCUGUGUUCAGAUAAGGUGCAAGCAUUUACCAAAUGCUGUCAAGAAACUGGUAUUCUGAUGGUGGUGAAGUGUCGGCAGGAGAACACAGCACUGAAGGACUGUCUGGUUGGCUACUAUUCUGAUCCAUCAUUCUAUGAAGAAUGCAAAGCAGAAUAUUUGAAGCAAAGAGAAGAAUACAGAGCAACUGGAAUUAAGAAAAAAAGACAGAAGUUUACUCCUCAUGUGUGAUUAAAACUUAAAAUGAACUUUUUUUAUAUGCAAUUUGGAAUUAACUUGAUUUAAACAGACUUAAAUUGUCUGUUCCACUCUGUGUGGAGUUUAACUGAAAUACACAAAAUGAGAUGAAUGGAGAAUAAAAUAAUGUCUGAAAUAAAGAGUCAAUUUUAAAAUUUUUCAUAAUUAAAGAUCUAGAGCAUGCUGUCAGGGUUUGCAAGAGAGGCUGCAAAGGUAUGUUCCUGUACCUGGACUUGAGAUUUUGAUACCAGUGUACAAUUUGGAGUUUGCAAUUCCAGAAUGUCCAUUUGGAAUUUAAAGCCUGUAUCUAGCUACAUGAGCCAGGCUAGAUAAAAACUUAAGUGUGAAUAAUUUAAAUUGUAUUAAUUGAUCACAGAUUGGGUAUACACUGAAGUUGGCCUAUUAGUCAUCACCUGAAGCUGACUGUGUAUGGAGAUGCACUUAACUUGAAGAAAAGGGUGGCAAAUGCAGAAGAGCUACACAGACCAAUGUGAAUUACCCUUUUCAUCAAAAUGUUGUCAGAUGAGAGCCUGGUAGUACUUGUGCCUGCACUGUAACUCAUUUUUACAUCUACAAUGUGAUCACUUUAAAGCCUAUACUGUUGGAAGGGAUGGAUGACUUGUGCUUGUGCAUGGCCCAGACUGGCCAUUUAAACUCUAGAGGAGAAAGUAAUCUCAUCCAGCCCUUCCUUGAGAACAGGGAAGAAGCUGCCAUGCUUUAGGACUGAAUGAAUGACCACACUUGCAAAAUUAUUUCAAGAAGGGGUGAGUAAACAACUAAACCACGCAUGGAAGAUGCAGAUCCCCUGUUGCAGGAACUAAGCACAUUCCUAAUUUAAAAAGCACACAAAUGAUCUUUUGUGUAUUGGUACUUAAAGCUGCUUAACUGUAGAAUUCUCAAAUGCUUAAAUUGCUUCACUAAAGAUACUAAAGUAUAUAAAGUAUCAUCCAAGCAUUCUGAAAUAAAACUAAAUUCUUUAAAAGCAAGAAAAAGCUGUACUUAAACUUGGUAACCUUAAUGCCCUGAUUAAAGAAGAAAAAAAAAUAAUUUUCUGAGUAAGGAGUAGGAUUUGAUCCUUUCCAUUAAAAGAGGCAACGUUUUAGUUGUUUAUUUUAAUACUGUUUCACCACAAACAGCAUUCCACUAUUCAAGGAGGAAACUGACGCGUGUAUAUGAAGGACUUAAUGCUGCAGGUUAGUAAUUGCCCUUUAUUCUGUGCAUUUUACUGGAAUAAUCAUUAAUAACGUUGCUUCAGCAGAUUGGGUGGAGGACUGUACUUGUGAGUGACAAACUGAAAAUAUGUGUAGCAUUCUGCCUUGUUAGGCAAACUUAAGCAGCACUCAGCUCUAAAGCUAACCAUUUUGAAAUAGCUUAUGUGGAACAGGGUCCUACACAUCGUCUCAGCUUCUUAGCAUUUUGGAAAACAAAAAUAUUCCUUAUUAACUGUUUUGCUGUAUGUAUUUUAAAAGGGAGGAAAUUUAAGGUAGAUAGUGACACGUUUUUAAUGACAGUUAUGGUUCUUUUGUCCCACUAUGAAAAUCUGCUAUAUUUUCAACCUCUAGAAAGCCAGCCUAGGUGUUUGAAAGUGUUGGCAAAAGCCCUUCCCCAGAGGUUUGGGGUGGGAGUGAGCAUUCUCUUAGGGGCAGUGCUGGGUACUGCUGGUGGUGUGUGUCUGCCCUGAGGGCUCACCUAGGUCAUACUCAGCUAUGACUCAGACCUGAGUCAGACAACAGCACCAGCAAUGGAGGUCUCCUUUCCUGGCUCAGCAGAAAUUGUGUGCAGCAGGUGAGGGGAGCCCCCAGUGCAGUGACAAGGACUGCAGGGGGGGAAUGGAUGUGUGAAAUGGAACAAGCUCAGGUGAACCUGCAGGUAUCACUCCCCACCCUUUGAUAGAGGCUGUAUGUGAACAGCAGCCACAACUCACAUCUGCACUGAUGUCACACCUGAAAUUCAUGUACUGAAUGGUGCUGUCAGCCAUUUGUUUCUCUUCCUUCAUCUAGAUUGUUUGGGCUCCUCUGUUUACUCUGGUAUGCACUUAGAGCAGGGAUUGACCUUUGGAUCAUGCAUCAGCUUCCUCUGUAAUACAACUCUGUGUAUUAAUGUCAUGUUCCCUAGCUUUGAAUUCUUGGUUUCACACCUUUCAUUUUCCUGUAUCUUGUGCAUAUCCUAUACUUGAAUUGCAUUUACAUCUUUUAUUUAAAGUUUAAAUGAAAGAUUGAGUACCAUGACAUGACAAACUCAUACCACUGCAUUACUUUCAGUUUUGGUUUUGUCUCAGCUAUAAACUCUCCUUCCUACUCAGGUUACCUGGAGACAGCCCUGGAUUCUAAUCAGUGUAAGGCAACACAGCACAAGGGCCUAUCUGUCCUCUUCAGAGUACUUGGCAGGCACCCAAGACACUCCCAUUUUUCACUGGAAGCACUUUCUGGAUGUAUUAAAGGUCUCUUCAAACUCCUGAGGGGGGGCCCCUACAAAUGGAACAUCUGAGAGGAAAGAGGGAGAAGGUGUCAUAUACUUAUUUAAAACUUUGCCUUCAGAGAGUAAAACUGAAACUUGGUGGGAAGAUGAAGGGCAGUGUGUAAUGCACAGGGUUUUCAAAGGGCAGUAGAACAGCCACUGCAGUCUGAGAUAUCACCUAGAAAUAAGGCUGCAAGCCAGAAACCCAUUCAGCUCUCCACAUUUAGUACAGCCAUACUCCACCUCAGAUAAUUUCUGCAAGUAAUUCCGACAUCCUUUUUACUCUGCUGAUAAAAAAAUGGUCAGAUAAACUUGCAAUGAAGGUUUCCACCUAGUUAAAAAUUGGUUCAGUAACAGUAAGUACCUGGGUGCUUCUGGCAUGCUUCCUCCCUUGAUCAAACAGCCAUACUCAAAUAUGAUCAUCUUACCACUUUAAUUACUGUAUCUUAAUGUUUGACUUGCUCUCUUCUAUCUUAAAAUACAAUUAAAUUAAUUGUGUUGGACAGUUACUGCAUAGGAUGAGGUUUUUUUAAUGGUUCAACUGCAACUCAGUUAAAAUUAGUAUUUCUGCUUUACUGCUAGUCAUAAAAAAAAAAUCCUUUCAUCAGCUGCCCUAUGUUCAUACAAUUGCAACUAGUAACACUAUUCUCCCUAAAGAAAGGAUCAAAAAGCCUGACUACUCAAAAUCUCAAAAAAUAAUUAAAAAAAAUAAAAUCAAGCCCUCAUAUGGCCUUUUUUAUACUCAAACACAAAGUACAUAGAGAACCUGUCUGGAGAUCAGAACACAACAGGUGUCAAUCAGGUACCAGAGCUCUUCACUCUUUACAGCAUCAUUGAAGCUACAGGUGUCUCAGCACAGGUAUGUCAAAGUCUGAAUUUUCUUCUAAAAUGAACUUGCAGCAAUCUGCUUUAUCCCACCAGUAUAGAUCAUGUGGUACUUACACGGGCCUGUGUUUCAUUACUUGGAAUGAGUAUUGUUUUACUGUAAAUCCACCAUAUGUCUUGUGCUGCUCUUGUCUUUUUCCAGCUGUAAAAAUUGGACAGAGCAUCACAGCUAAUUUGGGGGUUUUCUUUCUUCAACAUGGCUAGUUCACAUGUGAGAAAAACUGAUCAGCUGUACACUACAAAACUGACAGAGAAACUUAAAGCCAUCAGAUUUUAAAAAUACUUAAAAUUAACCAAACAGUGCAAAGUAGAAAGUUCAUCCAACUCACCAAAUACCCAAAUGCAUAUUCAUCAGGUUGCCAUUUGCUCAUUUAAAUGUGCAAAGCAACAACCUCCUCCUGCCCCAAAAGCUGGCUUUCAUUUCUGUUAAAUUGAGUUAAUACUUUCUUAAAUUAAAAAUUGUCAAAUUGGUGGAGGUUUUUAAAAUGUUCAAAGUUUACAUUCAAGUUAAAAUUUUCUUGGGGUCAUUCAACAAAAUUGUUUGAGAUCUUUGGUCCUUACUAUAUGUAAUUUUACAGUUUUAUGUAAUACAUGCACACUAACACCAGGACCCCGUUACUACAACUACUUCUCCAUGUAAUUUGCUGUCACUGAUGAAAAGAUUUCACUUCUGAAAAUGGAAAAAGCACUGUAAGCCACUAGUGGCAUGGAUUUAAAAGACUUUUCCAUCUCCAGUCAAAAUCUGAUUGUUAGCUUUGGACCAACAGAUGCUUCACAAGCCAGCGAGCUCCCAAGUGACUCCAAAUCUGGGGACUUCCUUUUCAAAUGUUACAGCUUGGACAUGGCAAUGAGUGAUUGGAUUGGAAAUGCUGCCUGCAGCAAGGUCUCUGGCAUCAGUCCCUCUUCUCCCCAGUCAGCAGCAGUGCUCCUGAAGUCCCUCUCAGCAAACAUUGCUGCUCCCUUCUCCAGCAGGGGAAGGAGCACAGAAUAUAAACCAAGAGUCAAAUGCAAAACGUGGAAAUUCUCAGGCUCUGCACAGAAAAUCUUAAUUUCACGCAGGACAGAACAGGCUGACUGGGAACCUGUAGUCAAAGCACCAUAGCUUUAAGGCAACUAAAUCCUUCAGGUUUCAACUGAGGAGGAUGCUUCUCCCAGAAUAUGCUACAGCAGAUGGCUGGUGUUUUACCUUGAGUCAAAGUGAUGAACCUCAAAUCUAAUUGUUUGUAUUUGGAAUAACAUUUAUACACAAUAAAGGAAUUAAAAUGUCAGUAAAAAAUUUUGUGCCAAAUAAGAAAAUGAGAUUUGUUAGUGAAACAAAUUUCAAACAAAAAUAAAUUUAUUUAGUAUCUUACACAGUCGAAUUCCUUCAUUGCACAAAUCAUGUAAUGCCUGUUGAAUGUUACAUUCCUUAAUAAAAAACCUCUGUAAUGUUGAGGUGAGGUGCCCCAAAAGUAAGCUACAUUAGAACUAGGUACCAUAUAGCUUAUGCAGCCACAUGAGAAAUGUUUUCUUUGUUAUUACAUAGGUAGUUGGUUCUAUCAGCUAAAGCCUAGUGACUUGGAUUUGUUUUAUGCAUAUUGGAUUUUGUUCUAUUACUUUCCAAGAGAUUGUACUCCCCUGAGUAAGCUGUGUUCAUUGGUCAGAAUAAAUUCCAGCAUCUGACACCAUUUCCAUUAAUCACAGACAAGCCAGUAUACGUGAGCAAGAUAAUAGAAAGGUAAAAACAAUAUCUGGUGAAUGGGAAACACUGUUUAUGUAUGCUGUUUGAACUACAGGAGAAGCUAUCUGGAAGGCAUUUUUUUGCCUUUGAUAGACAAAGUGAAAGAUGGGCUCUGUCUGAAGUACUUACUGUGCAGGGGAGAGUGUCUGGAGCCACACAGGUCACGUAGCACCCUCACAACAUUUCUAUAGCCCAUCAUUACUGUGGCUGUGCUACAGCCAGAGCUUCCCCAUGUAUUUGCAAGCAAUCUAAAGAUAAUUUGCUACUAAACAGCUGUGAAAUUAAUUUUUAUUAAUUUGAUGGAUCUGUGAAGCUGAAUACUUCAUCCACCCACACAUCUGUAAAUAGCAUAUUCAAUAUUAAAUAUCUUUCUGCCCAUUAUAAAUUAGGCAUCAUGACUCUAAAAUACAAUGCAUUUUUCUUCAACUUUUUGAGCAGUCAAGACAUUUCACUUAACCCUGUUGUAUUAAGCCAGAUAUGACGCAGAGAAGUUUACAAACAAACAA